UCCGGGCGCAGCAGCUGAGGCCCGGCAGCGACGCCGACGUCCUGCGCGUACCCCCUCGCCCCGCGGCCCGGCCCCCUCCUCCUCCGCGGCGGCCUCCAUCUUCCUCUGCUGCCCGCGGUGGCACUUGUCCGGCGGAGCUGGGCUGAAAGACACACAGAAGUCUUCAUGGAUAUAGUUGAUACAUUUAAUCAUUUAAUUUCUACUGAACACUUAGAUGAUGCCCUAUUUCUAGGAUCCAACCUGGAGAAUGAAGUCUGUGAGGAUUUUAGUGCAAGUCAAAAUGUCUUAGAGGACUCGCUGAAGAACAUGCUCAGCGAUAAGGAUCCUAUGCUAGGAUCUGCAAGUAACCAGUUCUGUUUGCCCGUUUUGGAUAGCAAUGAUCCCAAUUUCCAGAUGCCUUGUUCAACAGUUGUUGGUCUUGACGAUAUUAUGGAUGAAGGAGUUGUUAAAGAAAGUGGCAACGAUACCAUUGAUGAAGAAGAAUUGAUGUUACCCAACAGGGAUUUGAGGGACAAAGUAGAAGAAAACUCAGUGAGAUCACCAAGAAAAUCACCUCGUUUAAUGGCACAAGAACAAGUAAGAAGUUUGCGACAAAGCACUAUUGCCAAGCGUUCAAAUGCCACACCCUUAAGUAGCACAAAAAAAACAUCUGGGAAGACUGUGUCUACCUCCAAGGCAGGGACGAAACCAGCAGAGAGACGGCAGGUGAAAGAGGAAGGUUGUGUGUCCCUGAAAGCUGAGCACCAGAAGGAGAGCAGAAGGAGCAGCCGACACGCUGGACAGACUGAGGUGACCCCACGAGGACCAGUGACUCCAGGCCAUUCUCCAGGAUCGUCCGGCCUUGAAAUGAAGGCUGACACUGGGCUGGGUGCCCAGCCUGCGUGUGAUAGUCAGGGAGAAACUGGUGUGCUGUCUCACGGAUUAAACUGUCCACUUCUUCCAGAGACUUGUGUCUCAGGUGAAGAAAAGAAAAACGAAGCUCUGAUGGAAUAUAAAAUCAAGAGUGUUAGCAGCCCAUUGUUUAAGUUUUCAGAUAAGGAGGAAGAUGAACAGAAGGAUUCUGUUUUGAGUAAAAUGGAUGAGACUGUUGAGGAAAGGAUGGCAAAGGAAAAGCUUGAACAAGAAUCAAAGGAUAUAGUAAAAUUAUCCCAUGAAGAUGACCAAAUUAUUGAGGAGCCUGAAUGUUCUGCUGUUACUUCUAGUGAUACAGUGUAUAUAAAUACAGAUAGCACAGAAAGGAAUGUUGCUGGUUUGUCUACUUCAGUGGGUGAGGUGACUGAAUGCCAUUUGGAACUGAAUACCAUGGGUGUUGAGGAAGCUGAGAACUCCCUUCAGAGACAUGCAACAGAGUUGCCAGGUUGUGCAGACACAGAGUCCAGUGAUGCACUGUUGAAGAGCACAGAGUUUAAUAAAUCAGCGCUAGAGGUGGUUGGUGCUAAUGUUUUUGAGCCAGAAGAUGUUUUAGAAAAUGCUGUUUGCAGUGUGCCUGACAAAAAUUCAAAACAAUUGAACAUUAUUGAAAGUGUUCAAAUGGAGUCUCAGGAGACAGCAAAUGUUCAGAAUGAUAGAAGCAGUCAGUCAAAUAGUAUUUCUUGUGUAGAGUCAAAAAACAAAUCUAAACAUAUAAAACCUGUAACUCAUUCUAAGCAAAACAUGACCACAGAUACUCUGAAGAAAAUUGUUGCAGCAAAGCAAGUAGUGCAUAACAAAACUAAUGUCAAAAAUGCAAAACGAAAUGCUGAUGAACCAGAAUCUCAGCAAAAUUUCCAUAGGCCAGUUAAAGUGAGGAAAAAAAUUGAUAAGGAAUCAAAGACAAAUUCUGGGAUUAAGGCUGUGAAAAGCCAAGCUCAUUCUGUAUUCAAAAAAACAUCACAGGAUCAAAACUCAGUGCAGACCUCUAAACCUUUAACACAUUGUUUGGGUGACAAACUUCUUCACAGUCAUCCUAGUCCUGCUCAAACGGGACACUCACUACAUUCCAGCCACAAGCCAUGCUCUAAGCCUCAGCAGCAGGUCCUAGCAGCUAGAGUUCCCAGUCACGGGAGAGAAGAGUCUGACCACACAGGCCCUGAGCACUACAAGGAAGAGGAUAAGCUGAAACUGAAAAAGCCGGAGAAGAACCUGCAGCCUCGUCAGAGAAGAAGCAGCAGAAGUUUUUCUUUGGACGAGCCCCCAUUGUUUAUUCCAGACAACAUAGCGACUGUAAAAAGAGAAGGUUCUGAUCAUAGCUCCUUAUUUGAGAGCAAAUCUGUGUGGGCUCCCAGCAAGCAGUGUGGGUUUUGCAAAAAACUACAUGGCAACAGGUUUAUGGUUGGUUGUGGGAGAUGUGAUGACUGGUUUCACGGCGAUUGUGUUGGACUAAGUCUUUCUCAAGCACAACAGAUGGGAGAGGAAGAUAAAGAAUAUGUGUGUGUGAAAUGUUGUGCUGAAGAAGAUAAAAAGACUGAAAAUUUAGACACAGAUUAUUUUGAAAAUCAAGGUACAGUUGAAGCUCAUAGUGAAGAUAAAAAAAUGGAAUAUGAAAAACUUGGAUUAUCAAAGCACAUGACAACAAAUGACAAAACCAAAUGUACAGAUGAUGCAGUGAAGCACAAGGUCAAAAUUUUAAAACGGGAAUCUCCUGAAGGCAGAAAUUCAUCAGACUGUAGAGAAAAUGAAAUAAAAAAAUGGCAGCUAGCUCCUCUUCGAAAGAUGGGACAACCAGUUUUACCACGGAGAUCCUCCGAAGAAAAAAGUGAAAAAAUACCGAAAGAAACUACAAACAUUAUUUGCACAGCUUCAAAACCAGGUACUCACGAGAAGCAGGAGGUGAAGAGGAAGAAAGUGGAGAAAGGAGUGCCCAGCGUGCAUCCUGCUGCUCCCCGUGCCUCAAAGCCUUCUGCGGAUCAGAUCAGACAGAGCGUCAGGCACUCUCUGAAAGACAUUCUUAUGAAAAGGCUUACCGAGUCAAAUUUGAAGGUACCAGAAGAAAAGGCAGCAAAAGUUGCCACAAAAAUUGAAAAAGAACUUUUCUCCUUUUUUCGGGACACAGAUGCUAAAUAUAAGAACAAAUAUAGAAGUUUGAUGUUCAAUCUAAAAGAUCCUAAAAACAAUAUAUUGUUUAAAAAAGUAUUGAAAGGAGAAGUAACCCCUGAUCAUCUUAUAAAAAUGAGUUCAGAAGAACUGGCUUCUAAGGAGUUAGCUGCUUGGAGACGCAGAGAAAACAGACAUACCAUAGAGAUGAUUGAGAAAGAGCAGAGAGAAGUGGAAAGACGACCAAUCACAAAAAUAACUCACAAAGGUGAAAUAGAAAUUGAGAGUGAUGCACCAAUGAAGGAGCAGGAAGCAGCCAUGGAGAUUCAGGAGCCGACAGCCAGUAAGUCAUUGGAAAAGCCAGAGGGAUCUGAAAAACACAAAGAAGAGAAUGACUCCAUGUCUAAAGAUACCACUAGUCAACACAGACAGCAUCUUUUUGAUCUUAACUGCAAAAUCUGCAUAGGUCGAAUGGCACCACCUGUAGAUGAUCUUUCUCCAAAAAAGGUCAAAGUUGUCGUUGGAGUAGCUCGAAAACAUUCAGACAAUGAAGCAGAAAGUAUAGCAGACGCAUUAUCUUCAACUUCAAGUAUUUUGGCUUCUGAAUUCUUUGACGAGGAGAAACAAGAGUCUCCAAAAUCAACAUUCUCUCCUGCUCCACGUCCAGAGAUGCCUGGAACUGUUGAAGUUGAGUCUACCUUCCUGGCUCGAUUGAACUUCAUCUGGAAAGGUUUUAUCAACAUGCCCUCUGUGGCAAAAUUUGUUACCAAAGCCUACCCAGUAUCUGGCUCAUCUGAAUACCUGACGGAGGAUCUACCAGAUAGUAUUCAAGUAGGUGGCAGGAUAUCACCUCAGACAGUUUGGGAUUAUGUGGAAAAAAUAAAAGCAUCAGGAACCAAGGAGAUCUGUGUGGUUCGUUUCACACCAGUAACUGAAGAAGAUCAAAUUUCGUACACUUUGCUGUUUGCGUACUUCAGUAGCAGAAAGCGCUAUGGAGUGGCUGCUAACAACAUGAAGCAGGUUAAAGAUAUGUACCUUAUUCCUUUGGGUGCUGCAGAUAAAAUUCCACACCCUCUUGUGCCUUUUGAUGGACCUGGGCUUGAACUGCAUAGACCUAACCUAUUGUUGGGCCUAAUCAUUCGUCAGAAACUGAAGAGGCAGCAUAGUGCCAGUAUUGGAACUUGUCAUACAGCUGAGGCUACUGAAAGUGUACAGAUAGUCUUGCCACCUGACAAGAAACCUAAAAUAGAAGCUUCUACAGAGGAAGCACCAGAGGAAGAAAAUGACUUUUUUAAUUCCUUUACAACUGUGUUGCACAAGCAGAGAAAUAAGCCUCUGCAGAUUCUUCAGGAAGACCUGCCAACAGCUGUUGAACCUUUAAUGGAAGUCACCAAACAGGAACCACCAAAACCUUUACGAUUUCUUCCUGGGGUAUUAAUUGGGUGGGAAAAUCAACCAUCUGCUUUGGAAUUAGCAAAUAAACCUCUUCCUGUGGAUGACAUACUUCAAAGCCUUUUGGGGACCACUGGCCAAGUAUAUGAGCAGGCUCAGUCAGUGGUGGAACAGAACACUGUUAAGGAAAUCCCAUUUAUAAAUGAGCAAACUAACUCAAAAACAGAAAAAGUAGAUAAAGUGGAAGUAACAGAUGGUGAUGUCAAGGAGGUAAAACUUAAAGUAGACCAUCUUUCAGAAUCACCGGGUAAUUCAGGAGGAGGAGAAGAAACAUCAUUAGUGGGAACCUCUUCCAUUUCCCCAGGGCCUUUGACGAGUCUUAGUCUCAGAGGUAAACCACCAGAUGUUUCUACAGAAGCAUUCUUAACAAAUUUAUCAAUUCAGUCAAAACAAGAAGAAGCUGUGGAGAACAAAGAGAGAACACUAAAAAGACAACUGCUCCAAGAUCAGGAGAGUAAUUUGCAAGAUAAUCGGACUUCAAGUAGUUCUCCAUGCAGAUCUAAUGUAGGAAAAGGAAACACAGAUGGUAACAUGAGUUGCAGUGAAAAUCUUGUUGCUAAUGUAACAAGGGCCCCACAGUUUAUUAAUCUGAAAAGGGAUCCUAGGCAAGCAGCAGGACGGAGUCAGCAGAUAAUUGCUUCAGAAAGCAAAGAUGGAGAUGGUAGCCGCAAUGGAGAAAAACAUGCCCUGUCUGAUUUAGCACACAACAAGGAGCAACUGACAGAACAAAUCAUUGUGGAGGAAAAAGUGUCCUCUACUGAGAAAAACUCCUGUGUUCAGCAGAGUGAUAACUCAAAGAUUGCACAGAGCUCAGUGUCCGUAGAAAACACACCUUCUUCCCAAACAGAACCAGCAAAACCCUUACAGGAGGACAUUUUAACACAGAGUAUUGAAACUGUGCACCCAUUUAGAAGAGGAGUGGCUGGAACAGCAUCUCAUUUUGAACUUGGAAAUACAUGCCAGUCAGAAUUUCCUCCCAAAAACAUCAGCUUCACUCCCAGAAACACCAGCCCCCGAACAGGUAUGAACUUCUCACCCAUGCGGCCACAGCAGCCUGGCCUCCAGCAUCUCAAAUCUAGCCCUCCAGGGUUUCCAUUCACAGGGCCUCCUAACUUCCCCCCGCAAAGUAUGUUUGGAUUUCCACCACAUUUGCCGCCUCCACUACUUCCCCCUCCAGGCUUUGGCUUUCCUCAGAAUCCAGUGGUUCCUUGGCCACCUGUUCAUCUUCCCGGCCAACCACAACGUAUGAUGGGUCCCCUUUCACAAGCGUCAAGAUUCAUAGGCCCACAGAACUUCCACCAGGUUAAAGACAUUCGGAGGCCAGAAAGGCGCCAUAGUGACCCUUGGGGCAGGCAAGACCAGCUGCCACUGGAUCGGCCAUUCAGCAGGGGCAAAGGGGAUCGCCAGAGAUUUUACAGUGAUUCCCACCACUUGAAAAGAGAGCGACAUGAAAAGGAUUGGGAGCAAGACUCGGAAAGGCACAGACGCAGGGACAGAAGCCAAGACAAAGAUAGAGACAGAAAAACCAGAGAGGACGGGCACAAAGACAAAGACAGGCCCCGGUUACUCCAUGGUGAUCGAGGAGCAGAUGGGAAAGUGGGCAGAGAUAACAGAAAUGUAGACAAGCCAGACAAACCCAAAAGCGAAGACCACGAAAAGGACAAAGAACGAGAGAAAAGUAAACACAGAGAGGGGGAAAAAGACAGGGAUAGGUAUCACAAAGAUAGGGACCACACCGACAGAGCUAAAAGCAAAAGGUAAAAUUUGCAGGCUGCAUCAGGAUGACAUUUAAAGAACUGCGAAGUGCUGUGCCAUUCUCCAGCUGCCUGCCACGAUUGUCCUAUCUUUUAAAUUCUUGCUGUUGGUGAUUUGCAGAAACCUCAAUUCUGUCAGUGCAGAGUGCCCUGCACCCUGAAACUAGCUAUAGGAAUUUAAUAUUUUUAAAAGUUUUACAUUGCUGUAUAUUCAAAGAUUUGUUUUAUUAAUAUGCAAUAAAGGCUUAGAAAUUUUAGUUUUUAUUCCUUAAUUGGUAAAUAUGGUUGGCUAUGGAAAGUAUUUACUGCCUCUAGCGAGUGUCUUUUAUAUAAUGACUGUUGGAGAGUAAUGUGUGCUCUGCAAGUUUUAACAUUGCACUGUUUUCAAAGAAACUAUAGAGGAGCAACAACAAAAAGCCAAGCAGCUUCGUAACUAGAUUAUACUAAUCAUUCAGUUGAGCGGUUUUUGACCAAGAAUCAGAAGUCCAAGGAGUAUAUUUGUUACUUUAAUCUGUUCUCACUGAAGAAAUUUAUUACCAUACUACCAUAUACAACAGCGUUGCAGUGGUCCAUUGCUUUUGUUUUCAUUUUUUGGUUCUUCAGAAACUUGAAUAAGUAAGCUUGUACAUGAUCUUGUGUUUUGCUAUCCUUUUUAUUGUAAAAUGUAAAUAUUUUAAGGGAUAUUUUGAUUCUAAAUAUGAUAAAAAGAAUUUCUCAUCUA